CGUACCAUUAAGGCCUGCUUGGAUUGAGCUGAGCUGGUAUUCUUCCCUGAAACCCAGCAGGUCAGGCCAGCACGUCCAGAUUCUUCCUCCAAGCCCGGCGAUCCCCGUCGGUCGUCUCCACGAAUCCAUCCACCGCGCGCAAACCUCCCUCUCCCCUCGAGAUCCUACAUCUCCGGUCUCCGCCGCCUACCCGGCGGCUUCCACCACUGAGGCGAUGCAAGAGGCGAAGCACCCCACCACCACAAAGCUCCCGUCGCAGUCCCAAUCCUCAUCCCCAUCCCCAUCCCUUUCGGCUCCCACCGCCGCGAACCCUCUCCGAUACCAACACGGCUACGGCACCUUUCCACAGCCGUCGACGCCGCCCGUCGUAGGCGCCGCCGCCGCCUACCAUGCCUCUCUGAUCGGGUUCGGAGGCCAGGGCUUCGUCGCCUUCCCGUGCGCCGUCCAGCAGCAGGUCGUCGUGGAGGCGGAGGGCGUCCCCGUCCGAGAGCCGCCCCUACCGUUCUGCGGCGUCGGCAUCGGCUGGUUUCUGUUCUUAUUGGGGUUCUUCUUGGCGGCAAUCCCCUGGUAUGCUGGCGCGUUCCUUCUAUUCUUUGUUGCUUUGGACCACAGAGAGAAGCCUGGAUUGAUUGCAUGCACCGUUGCUGGCAUAUUUGCACUAGUUCCAUUCAUUCUGGACGGUAUCAGAUUGCAUCCUUUCUGGUGAUCAAUGCUUGCCAAUCCAAAUCCACAUGACUAAUGUUUUCAGCACCACAUUCGAUAUGUUCAUAGCUGUAUUAUUUUGCUCAAACGUGUGAAGAAUAAAAUAUAUGAUUGUCAGCACUGUGCCCCAUGAGACAAUGGCCACGAUAGAGCUGCUGUGGGUCCGGCACGCGGGAACUGGUCCAGAAAGCCCAACCCGCGCUACGAUGUCUCUACCUGGACCAAGUGAGCGCUUGCACGUGCUGAGCGAGGCGUAAAGAGGGGAGAGGCGUGAGGAGAAUGCUUAUGCAAAUUGUAAACCAUAUUCUGUUAUACAGCUAAGAACUCAUCUGAACUAUCUCGUGCUCUUCUUGCUUCUUCGCCCUUUCUUCCAAUUCCUUCCCUAGAUCCUCUUCUACCCUGCCGCUUCCCAUGUGCCGGAUCCCCAACACUAGUGCUAGCGUGGCCCGUGGCUGUGGCCGUUGUCUCAUGGGGUACAGUGCUGACAAUGAUGUUAUGUGUAAAAAAGAAUUGCUGUGCUGUUUUUCGUCCGCAGGUUCAUGCCCUGUGAUACAUGUAAUCAUGAAUUGUACAGUUUACCAGUGGUAUAGUAAUAUAACGCCUGUGCACUUUUAUUUA